AUGCAUCGUCUUUUUGCUGAGCUGGAGCCAUCUUUAACCGUCACAGAGCAAAACCUGGCAGACCGAGUUCCGUAUAUCUUACGCUCAAAUAUAUUUGAUUUCGCCGAACUCGAACGGCAACGACGUGAGGCUGUUCCCUCAUCGUAUGAAAAUGCUACGGCUGAGGAUGCGGCGCCACAAAUUGUAGAACAAUCCACAAACGUGGAUGCCGCCAUGAAUACCCCAGUUGUGGUUGAUUCAAACGACGAUGGAACAGUCGCCCAGGAACUGGAAUUAGAGCAUAUGAGGAGUACAUUGGAAGAGGCGAUUGCGGAAACGCGAAGUACCCCUCUCGAAAAUCGACCGCGAGUUCCUCGCAUAGCCCUAAGUAAGCGAAAUCGGGCUGUCGUGAGGGCUCCGAACCCAAUGCUGGUGACCUAUUUGGAAGCCAGCCGGGACCUUUGCGAGACGAACUCAAUUCUUUUUGGCGCCGCGCUGGCAGUCUGCCGUAUCAUAGGCACCAAGGCUUCUACGGUUAGACGCGCUACUGGCCAAAGUAGCGCUAUCCCAGCAUGGAGAAGAAGAAUUGAGGUACGUAUCGCAAAGGCUAAAGCUCUCAUCGGCAGACUGAUAUGCUUCAGAUCAGGCAAUAACAGGCCAAGAAUUGUGCGCACCGUCAGGAUGGCGUUUGCUGGGAGAAAUGUCAGUUUGUCCCAGCCGGAUAUAACGCAAAAACUGCCACACACUGAUCAGAAGAGGCUCUAUGAAUCAUUGGAGCGACCAAUGUUAAGUGGAACGGGCCCAGCAACGAAUCAGGCCGACACUGUAGCAUUCUGGCGCGGCCUGUGGUCAGAGCCCGUAAAUCACAGCGAGGGCCCUUGGACGGAAGUUGUGGCGAGUCAGUGUGUGAGUUUAACGCCCAUGGACCCCGUCAUUAUAACACCGGAUGACGUAGCUGAGGCGGUCCGUAGGGCCCCGAACUGGAAAAGUCCGGGACUCGACGGGCUGCAUCACUACUGGCUGAAGGAGUUCGUGGUGUGUCACACUGUGCUCGCCCAACAGUUUCAAGAGGCUCCCAAUCAGAAGUCGCUCCCAAGCCUCUUAACUACUGGGAUCACCCAUUUGGUUCUUAAAGACCAGGGUACCACAGACCCGAGCAAAUACCGCCCUAUCACUUGUAUACCGACCAUAUACAAGACACUAACAUCCAUUUGA